UACUCGCGAUUGUUCUUGUGCAAUCAGCAUUUAUAUAUUUCGAGUAGAGAAAAGCGGAGAGUCAAAAUUAAAAAAAAUUGUUUUUGAUACUUUCGACGAGAUUGCCGAACGUGUUGUCCUAUAUCUGUGCUUGUUCAUGUUCACUCGUUCGAAUAUUUAGUUAAUUUCCGAGAUGAGACAAGAGAGGAACCGAUAAUGAUAGAAAAGUGCUGACGCUGGCUUCUAAUCUUGUCUUUCAUUAUUCGAUCGAGAAUCAUCAAUCGACUCCGUUUUGCUCUCGCUGCCGGUUGCGUUCUCGCGUGCGGCCUUAUCUUCAUAAAGUGAAAAAAAAAAAAAAGAGGUUAGGACAGUUCGUGUGCGUUCUGCACGGCGAUCGCGACGGCGAAGGAAAAAUGGCAAGAUUGAUCGCCCAGAUUAGCAGGUGCGCGAUAAAAACCGUCUCGCACGAUUUGCUCCAUACAGCUGCCAAGUCGAAGAUAGCCCUUGCCGUAGUGCGAUCCAUAACCACAACUCAGUACUUGAGAGAUGAACGAUGGUACACCGAUAAGCACGAAUGGAUAACAGUAGAUGGCAAAAUCGGCACAGUCGGUAUAUCGGAUUACGCGCAGGAUGCUCUCGGAGAUGUGGUGUACGCGCAACUUCCUGAUAUAGGAUCGACAAUCAAGAAAAAUGAGGAAUGUGGAGCUCUAGAAUCAGUGAAGGCAGCUUCAGAAUUGACAAGUCCGGUCAGUGGGAGAGUCACAGCGAAAAAUGAGGCAGUUGAAAGUAAACCCGGGAUAAUUAAUAAAUCUUGUUACAAAGACGGUUGGCUAUUCAAAGUAGAGUUAAGCGAUUCAGACGAGCUCAAGAACUUAAUGAAUGAAGAGGCUUAUAAUGUGUUUUUAAAAUCAGAUGCGCAUUAAAUCUAGAAAUCUAAUGCCAAAAAAUUUUCUUCAAAGUAGAAUUUGAAGCAAUUGCAGAUUAUAAUUUCAAGAACUAUAUUCUUUU